UUGAAUUGAAAAUCUAGAACAAACCAAACACAAACAGAAUCAUCACACACAGUUGCGAGAGAAAGAAACAAUGGCGACACUUGAUUCCGACGUGCCUAUGGUUCCCGCCGGCGAGGCUUCAAGCAGUGGCGCCGGUCCAUCUUCCAAGAAACCCAAGCGAUUCGAGAUCAAGAAGUGGAACGCUGUCGCUCUCUGGGCAUGGGAUAUCGUUGUUGAUAACUGUGCUAUAUGCCGAAACCACAUCAUGGAUCUCUGCAUCGAGUGCCAAGCUAAUCAGGCUAGUGCUACUAGCGAGGAAUGCACUGUUGCUUGGGGGGUUUGUAACCACGCUUUUCACUUCCAUUGCAUUAGCAGAUGGCUCAAGACUCGGCAAGUUUGUCCUCUAGAUAACAGUGAGUGGGAGUUUCAGAAAUAUGGCCACUAGCUCUUCAACAUUGGUGGAGCUCCUUUGACAUAUGGGCUGUCUAUCCUAGCUUUUGAAAAUCUACCGUUGUCUGUUAUUUUAUUUUGCUCGUCUACUGGAUUUAUUAUCUUCAAGAAAGCCGUUUGUUUAUUGGAUUUUGGUACACACAAUAGGAACAUGUAAAGUUUUCUUUUAUUGUCUUGAUUAAUGUUUUUCA